AUGGCAGCUUCUUCGUUGUUCCGCGUUAUUCAGAGAGGUUCGUAUGCUGCUACCUCGUUUUUGGUCUCUCCCAGGUUAGUUGGGAGGGGUCAAUUAUACUCUAUUGGUUCUCCAUUGAGGGGUUGUGUGCCUUUUGAGAAGAAAGGUUAUUGGUGGAGUUUGAGGGAGUUGAGUUAUGGGAAGGUUAAUCUUGUGAUAAGAGAUGGGAAGACAAAGUUUGAGACUCAUGAGGUUGAGGCUCCAAGGAAAGAUAAGUGGAAGACUAAGAAGAGGUUGAAGAUGCAGAGGAAGAGAGAGAAGGAGAAGAGGAAAGCGGCGAAUAGGAGAGAUCCUCGUCGGCUUGGCGUUAAAGGGAAGAAGAAGAAGCACAAGUUUGCUAGUCCUGAAGAGAGAAUCAAGUUCAAGAUUGACAAUGCGAGAGUCAAAGAAGCGUUGCUCAUUGAAAGACUCAAACGAUAUGAAGUUGCUAAAGCUCAUGGUCCUGUUGUAAAACCAGACGGGUUGACAGGGGAGGAACGGUUUUAUCUGAAGAAAAUGGCUCAGAAGAGUUCUAACUAUCUACAAGUUGGAAGAAGAGGAUUAUUUGGAGGGGUUAUUCUCAAUAUGCAUAUGCAUUGGAAGAAACAUGAGACUGUUAAAUGCAUAUGCAAGCCUUGUAAACCUGGUCAAGUACAUGAGUAUGCACAAGAACUUGCCAGAUUGAGUGGCGGUAUUCCAAUUCACAUAAUUGGUGAUGACACGAUAAUAUUUUAUCGAGGAAAGAACUAUAUACAACCUGAGGUUAUGUCACCGGUAGAUACAUUGUCCAAGAAAAAGGCACUUGAAAAGUCAAAGUAUGAGCAAUCACUUGAGUCAGUGAGACGCUUCAUUGCUAUUGCGGAGAAAGAAUUGGAGCUAUAUCACAGACACGUUGCACUUUAUGGUGACCCUAGCAACCGCAAUCCCUUAUCUAUACUCGACGGUCCAAGUGGAAGCUUCAACGAAAAGAGGAAUCGUGAUGAAAAGAAUCUUGACUCGAGUAGCUAUUAUCUUUCAGAAACAGAAGCAGAUUCCUCACAGACGGAGCUAUCAGAAUCCGAAUAUAACUUUGAAAAUGGAAACUUGUCAACGAGUGAAUCAGAUUCUGAAGAAGAAGAAGAAGACGACACCAUGUUGGGUUCAGAUGAUGAUGAUGAUGAAGAAAGAGAAGUUUAUUAUACUAAAAUGAAUGGUCAAAGUGUAUGCUCCACCACAGGUUCAUCAUCAAUAUCUAAACAUACCCAUCAUUUAAAGAGCUGCAUCAAGUAA